UACUGUAAAAAUUAUGCCAAGAUCACUUGGACUUAGGGGUUUGCUCACUUCUAAGGUCUAAAGUUCGAUUCUCCCUGCCAGCAAUCUUGAGGCCAACUAUGUGAUGGAUUGUAGAAAUUAAUCUAGAAUGCGUGGAAAUUGACUAGGGACGCACCGCAUCACUCAAGAGAAACUUUAAAAAUUAUAGACAAAAAGACUUUAUGUAAUGUAAUGAACAAUAUAAGAAUAACAUCUAGUAAUAUUAUUACAAUAAGAAUAACAGGACACAUAUAUUAAAAACUUAAUAUAUUUUGACAGAAAAAGGUCAAGGGAGUAGCGACGCAUUUCCAUGGACUUCUUUACAAAAUCUUGUGGAGAAAAGUAGAGGGGUGUGAUUCCAAAACAGUGAAUAAUUUUUUCCUUGCCAAGAGGAGUUUUUCCUCACGCUCAAAACUCUGUCGUUUUAAGGAGCUGUAAUUUGCGGUGCUUCUUAGGCACUGCAGGGACUCCGCUCCCCGCAGACGCACUCUCAAUCGAUCAGACGACCACCCAAGAACCCUAAUCUAUAAGACGAUCACCUGAGAACCCUAAUCGCCCAACUCCUCUCUCUCACCCGACUCACCCUCAUCCUCUCUCAGAGCCUCCGGCGAUCGACUCGGUGACUCCGGACCUCUGUGGGUCGACUGUGAGAUUACUCUACAGUGUGAAUUGGCAGAGGAUGAAGACGAAGAGAGAAGAAGAAGAGAGCGUGGAAGGGGAGGAACACUCGAAGAGGCAGAAGCUGCUUAACGAGCAGUCUUCUUCUCCCUCUCCCUUGCCGCCUCGGCUUGGAUUCGAUAAUGCUCUUCUUCCACUUGCUACUUACGACGACGAUGAUGAGGACGAGGAGGAAGAUGAGCAGAGAGGAGCAGGUGGGGGUACGUUUGGAAGCGGUGAUGGAAGGAUAGAGCCAAAUGGGUAUAGAGAUGGCGGUGAAGAUGACGACGAGGAUGAGGAUGAUGAUGGGAACACUGAGCAGGGACUUAGUCAAGGGAAGAGAAAUCGUGUAGUUGAACUCAGGAGGGACUGUCCUUAUCUCGAUACCGUGAAUCGCCAGGUUUUGGAUUUUGAUUUUGAGAAAUUUUGCUCUGUUUCUCUUUCAAACUUGAAUGUGUAUGCUUGUUUGGUGUGUGGGAAGUAUUACCAAGGAAGAGGUCAGAAAUCUCAUGCAUAUACUCAUAGCCUUGAAGCCGGGCACCAUGUUUAUAUCAAUCUCCGAACUGAGAAAGUUUAUUGCCUUCCUGAUGGAUAUGAAAUUAAUGACCCAUCUUUGGAUGACAUUCGACACGUUUUGAACCCAAGGUUUAAUAAGAAGCAGGUUGAAGACCUUGAUAGAAACAAGCAAUGGUCUAGGGCUCUUGAUGGUUCUGAUUACCUUCCUGGAAUGGUGGGCUUAAAUAACAUUAAGGAGACGGAUUUUGUGAAUGUCACAAUUCAAUCUUUGAUGCGAGUUACUCCCUUGAGGAACUUCUUCCUUAUCCCUGCAAACUAUCAACACAGCAAAUCUCCACUUGUUCAUCGUUUUGGAGAACUCACUAGAAAGAUUUGGCAUGCCCGGAACUUCAAGGGACAGGUGAGCCCACACGAGUUUCUUCAGGCAGUUAUGAAAGCGAGCAAAAAACGUUUUCGAAUAGGUGCCCAGUCUGACCCAGUUGAAUUUAUGUCGUGGCUUCUUAAUACACUACAUGCAGAUCUAAGAAAUUCAAAGAAAAGUAGCAGCAUCAUUUACCAGUGCUUUCAGGGUGAAUUGGAGGUUGUAAAAGAGAUUCAUGGCAGUGCUGCAGAUGGUGGAACUGAGCAUAAUGGUCUUGUUACAGAAACUAGCAGAAUGCCAUUCUUAAUGCUUGGACUUGAUUUGCCGCCGCCGCCUCUUUUCAAGGAUGUGAUGGAGAAAAACAUUAUCCCGCAGGUUCCACUCUUCAACAUACUGAAGAAGUUUGAUGGUGAGUCCAUUACUGAAGUUGUGCGUCCUCGUAUAGCAAGGAUGAGAUAUCGUGUUACCCGACUGCCACAGUAUCUGAUUCUCCAUAUGCGGCGGUUUACAAAGAACAAUUUCUUUGUGGAGAAAAAUCCUACUCUUGUUAAUUUUCCAGUGAAGAAUUUAGAGCUGAAAGAUUACAUUCCUUUGCCAACACCCAAAGAGAACCAGAAAUUGCGUUCAAAGUAUGAUUUGAUUGCCAAUAUUGUUCAUGAUGGCAAGCCAGGUGAAGGAUCCUACAGGGUAUUUGUACAGCGGAAGUCAGAAGAGCUAUGGUAUGAGAUGCAGGACCUGCAUGUCUCGGAAACUCUUCCACAGAUGGUUGCCCUCUCUGAAACGUACAUGCAAAUAUAUGAGCAGCAAAAGGGAUAUUGACCGGUUUAUUACCUUAUUGGGAAAGAAAGGUUCAAUCUAUGGCUGCAUCACAGUGCUGGCAAAGAAAGAAGUCCCAUAUGAAACUUCUGCAUACUGAUGAAGCUGUGCUGCUGCCUUUGGAGACCUUUGACUUCAUUUACUUGCUUUGAUCGAUACUCUACCGUGACUCCGUCUGAUGUUCUUAUGCUUAGCCUUAGGGAAUGAUAAUAGUGCAGAAGGGAAAGAUGUCAACAUUUCGGAAUGGCCGAGCUAGCAGCUUGGAGGGUAAGUUUAAAACCUAGGAGUUCUUUAAUUUUGGAAAUUUUGGUAAAGUGCUACUGUUACUGGUUUUAGCUGUAUUGGUGAUCAAUCCUUUUAUAUGAACUGCCUUAAGAAUAUUCUGUAUUCUGUAUUUUGUUUGGGAUUUUGAACUAGGUCUGUUGUGCCCAAACCAUGUCAUUUGAAUCAAAAUUGUAGUAAGAGAAUUUUUGUACCAGCCACAGUAUACAAAAUGAUUUAAUGAUUAAUUGCGUAGAGUUCCUUUUAUUGGUA